AGCGACAGAGUCAGCUGGAGUGGUCGGAGAGCCGUGGAAACGUGACUCUUUUCAACUCAAAAAAUGGUCAAAUCGGGGAAACUGAAAUCCGGGGCCGGAUCCAAAGUCACACGGUGGAAGAAAGGACACAGUAGCGACUCAAACCCGCAGACAAAUCGUUUUCGACAGGCCGCCAAAAGCCGCUUUUUCAGCCGACCCACGGGAAAGAGUGAUCUAACAGUUGAUGCCCUCAAACUACACAAUGAGCUGCAGGCAGGUCCACUGGAGGUGGGCUCAGGUAGCCGUGGAGAUGCCUGCAUGGAGGAGGAGGAGCAGGAUCAGGCGUUCUCAGAAAGGACCUCAGGCACUUUCCUCAGCGGCCUGUCAGACUGCUCCAACCUAACCUUCAGAAAGGUGCAGCGCUACUGGGAGUCCAACUCAGCUGCACAUAAAGAGAUCUGUGCGGUGUUGGCAGCUGUUACUGAGGUGAUCCGUGCUCAGGGAGGCAAGGAGACAGAGACAGAGUAUUUUGCUGCUCUGAUGACGACUCUGGAGGCUGUGGAUUCAUCGGAGUCACAGGCCGCUGUGGCUUACCUCCUUAACCUCGUCAUGAAACGUGUGCCCACUCCAGUGCUCGUCUCCAAGUUCUCCGACACAGCUAAGGCUCUGAUGGACGUCAUGUCCAAACAGGCCAUGUCUGAGACCGCCUCUGCUCUGCGAUGGAUCCUGUCAUGCCUGGCCACUCUGUUGAAGAAGCAGGACGCAUCAGUGUGGACUUACCCCUCCACCCUUCAGACUUACCAUGGCCUGCUCAGCUUCACAGUACAUUGCAAGCCCAAGGUGCGUAAAGCGGCUCAGCAAGGUGUAUGCUCCAUUCUCAGAGGUAGCGACUUCCUGUUUACAGACAAGGCCCCAUCCCAUCACCCCGCUGCCGUGGCCACUGCCAAGUUCUGCAUCAAAGAAAUGGAGCAGGCUGGGGGCAGCAAAGAAGACACCACCACACUACAUGUGUUGGGUCUUCUAAAGGAGCUGAUGGUGACGUUUCCUCUGGGAGCUGUCAAGUCCUGUUGUGAGACUCUGCUGCGAAUGAUGACACUCAGCCAUGUGCUGGUGACGGCGAGCGCCAUGCAGGCCUUCCACAGGCUUUUCAGUGGGAAACCCAAUGCUUCCACUUUGUCGCCUGAACUCAACGCACAGAUCAUCACGGCUUUAUAUGACUAUUUGCCCAGUGAGAAUGACCUGCAGCCUCUGCUGGCCUGGCUGGCUGUCAUGGAGAAAGCCCACGUCCACUUAGCGAGCCUGCAGAGCUCUUUGAGUAUGGGCCACCUGCCUCGUCUGUUCUCUGCUGCCAUGUCCUGCCUCCUCUCCACACACACACAAGUGGUCUCUGCAGCCACCAACACACUCAAGACCCUGCUGACAGAGUGCGUGGCACCUCAUAUGGAGGAAAUAGGCACAAUCACAGCCACAGCCUCUUCAGGGAACGCCUCAUAUGUCUGCAAAAUGUUCCGUAUCAUAGAGGAGGGCUUGUCCUAUCGGUUCCACACCUCUUGGCCAUUUGUGCUGCAGAUACUGGGUUGCUUCUACCGGGUUGCAGGGAGAUGGGCGCACCCCAUCAUGACCAAGUCCCUGCAGUCUCUGGCAGACUUGCGCUCCACUCCACGCUUCCCCUUCAGUGGCGAGCUGGACCUGGCAGUAGGAGGAGCUGUGGAGAGCAUGGGGCCUGAAAUUGUGCUGGGAGUUGUGCCCCUCAACAUCACCGGCUAUGAGGAUGACCUGGAGUUCCCACGCAGCUGGCUGGUUCCUGUCAUAAGAGAUCAUGUGAAGAACACCCACCUUGCCUUCUUCACCUCUUACUUCCUUCCUCUGGCUUCUACACUUAAGCAGAGAGCUGAUCAGCUGGAGCAAACAGGACAGAAACUGGAGGCCAAAGUCUACCAGACUUUACAGCUACAGAUCUGGACCAUGCUCCCUGGUUUCUGUACAGGGACUGUGGAUCUGAUGGUGUCCUUCAAGGGCAUUGCCCGUGCCCUCGGCAUGGCUAUCAAUGAGCGGCCUGACCUGAGACUCACAAUCUGCCAGUGUCUGCGUACUAUUAUCACCAAGAGCUGCAGCACAGAGGAAGAAAAGGCUGAAGUGGGCCGCUUCUCCAAGAACUUCCUGCCCAUCCUUUUCAAUGUGUACAGCCAACAGCCCGCGGCUGGAGACUUUGCCCCCUAUAGGAUGGCUGUCCUGGACACCAUCAAGGUCUACUUGAGUGUCACUGAAAAACAGAUGAUUUGCACCUUCCUGCAGAAAGCCACAGAGAGACUGAGCAACACAGAAAGCACUGAGUUCACUCGGCUCUCAGUAAUGGAUCUAGUGGUUGCCAUGGCUCCCUGUGUAGAUGAAGCCACCAUGAGUAAGACCUUUGAGCUGAUGAAGCCAUAUUUGGAGACAAAAGAGCCUAGCAUGCAGAAGAAGGCAUACCGUGUGCUGGAGGAAAUGUGCGGAGGAGAGAGGGAUGAGUGUCGAUCAUUUGUCAUCACAAAUCUGGAAACGCUCAAGCACGUCCUGCUUGGGACGCUGAAAAAUGCCUCCUCGCCUGCAAAGAGGCCCAGACUGAAAUGUCUGAUCCACAUCGUGAAACAGCUGAGUGAAGAACAUAAAGACUUCAUCAUUGCCCUGCUACCAGAGGUGAUAGUCUGCACCAAGGAGGUGUCUGUUGGAGCUCGUAAGAAUGCCUACACUCUGCUGGUGGAAAUAGGAAAUGCAUUUGUCCGCUUCUGUGGCAAUGCAAAAGAUGCCAUGGAGCAGUAUUUGGUGUUGGUGUAUGCAGGACUCACAGGGUCUGUGACCAUGAUUACCUGCACAGUGUUAGCACUGACCCGACUGGUGUUUGAGUAUAAAGACUCUAUAGAGGUGAGCACUAUGGAGCAGCUACUGCAGAACAUCUGUCUGCUGCUGACGUCUCGCACCAGGGAGAUCGUUAAAGCCGCUCUGGGCUUCAUCAAGGUCAUUCUCUUCAUCAUGGACCCCAAGAGCCUGGCCUCUCAUGUCACUGUCAUGAUGGAAGGCAUUGGGAACAUCAAGGAUGAUGUAAGGAGGCACUUCAGGACCAAACUGAAGAACAUCUUCACUAAAUUCAUCAGAAAGUUUGGGUUCGAGCUGGUGAAGAGCAUGUUGCCUGCAGAACACCACAAGGUGCUGGUUAACAUCCGCAAGGCUGAGGCUCGCACCAAGAGACGGAAGCAGGCGGCAGAGCAACACGAUGACUCAGAGAGCGAGGAGGAGGUGCCUAAAGCCAAGGCGGAGAGUAUUGAGGACAUCCUGGCAGAGUCAGACAGCGAGUUAUCAGAGGACGAAGGAAAGGGCAACAAGACUCAGAAGAAAACAGGCAAGCAGCAGAAGGGACGGGCCUGGCUCAAGGAAGGAGAGGAAGACGACCCGCUCAACUUCCUGGAUCCCAAGGUUUCCCAGAGAGUGCUAGCCACCAACCCCGAGCUGAAGAAGAGCACCAAGGUUCAGCACGGCUUCAAGGUGACAUCAGAUGGACGGCUGAUCAUCAAAGAAGAGGAGGAGGAUGACAAAAACAAAGAUGAUGAGGGUGAGAUGAAGGAUAUCCUAGAAGAGGCUGGAGUCAUAAGUAAAAAGACCCAGAAGAGGAAGUUCCAAGAUGGCAACUUUGAUGAGGACAUGGAGAUUGAACCCCAACUGAAGUAUAAAGCUGGGGGUUCAGGUAUUCACAGACCCCUGGGAAGCAGCCGAGACACCGGAGCCGACUACAAGGCCAAGAAAGGAAAAGGAGACGUGAAAAGGAAAGGGAAGGUUGAUCCUUACGCUUACAUCCCGCUCAGGAAGGCCCAGCUCAACCGCAGGAAGCGCGCCAAAUUGCAGGGCCAGUUCAAGGGCAUGGUGAGAGGAGCCCAGAAGGGGGCGCUGUCGGGGAAGAAAAUGCAGAGAAACAAGAGGAAAGCCUGAGGGGCAGACAACACUUUAUGGACUCUUGUUUCUUUGUGUAUGGUGGUGUGUUCAUGAACAUGCCUAAAUUCAAACAUAUGCCCUGGAAAUGUGUGUGUGUGUGUGUGUUUGAUAGACUCUGUGUCCCCAAAGCCCAGUGCAGUUUGUUUUUAAACUGAGCUGCCUUUCUAAAACCUGGAAAUGGACAGAUUGACAUUAUUUGGCUUUCACUGGAGUGAUUUGGUGACUGCGCUUGUAUGUGACCAGGAAGUUGACUGUGUCAUCUCUGUCUUGAUGGAUACUGAAUGACCAAAUGGCAAAUCAUUUGGCUUAUCGAAUCAGUCAAGUUUAAUUAUUUGUAUAUGCAAUAAAUGGGUGGAAUUGUACCAUCUGUUUCACAUAAAACUGUAUUAAUGUAUCCUGUGAGAUGUAUAGAUAGGAAAUGAGACUAGAGUCAUGGGUGCCUUUGUUGUUUCUCUGUUUGAUCACUUGAUGGCACUCUAGACUGCUGGAUGAUAAAUGUCAUUAACGGCAUGAAUACAUAAAAAGGCUAUUUUCUAGCACAUUAGUGCUAUACUUGGAAAGGAAAGUGUAAAAUAAACACUUUACUCUUAAA